GUGUUUGGCUGGUCGCUGACCCACUGGCCGGGGCGAGGGCCUUCCGGGAGGGCUUCCGCGCGGGCUGGCGCCUUGCUGGGGCGGCCUCCGGCGCUCCGCGGGGCGGCGACGGCGUGGUGCUGCAGGGGCAGUGCGUGCCCUCCUCGUCCUUCCGUGGAGUAUGGGAGGUCUGCAGCGACGGUGCGUGCGGCGGCGGGCAGGCUACCCCUGCCGCCAGGGCAGAGCCUGGCGGCACUGCAGGCGAGAGAGCGCCGCGGCCGCCGCUGCUUCUGGAGAGCCUGGCGGGCCCAGGCAGCGACGACGGCUUCGUUGACGGCUGUUUGGACGGCCCCGUCGACGGCGACGCGGACGGGGACGCGGCCUGCCCUGGGCCCCCCGCCCGUUCGGAGCCCGACAACCACGUCCUGGAGUAUCUGGACCGCUUCGGCGCGGCGGUGCUGAGCGGCAGCACGGCCUUGGAGCUGGCGAGGGGCACCGCUGGUUCCGAACGGGCAGCCGCUGCGGCGAGUGCCGAGCGGUUCCGCCCUUUCCUCGAUGAGUUCGGCUUGGCCGCGGUGGCUGCUGCGGCCCGCGGGCCGCUCUCGGGGGUGGAAUCGCUCCUGGACCUCGCUGAGGGCCGCGCCGAGGAUUGGCUUCUGCAGCGUGAGCGUGCACUCGGUGACAGGGCAGAG